AUGUCUACCACUUCACAAGAAUCUGAAGAAAGAGCAGUUCCUAGUCAUUUAUAUUAUUUAGACGAAGACGUCGAUUUACGAAAACUUUGCAAGCAAGUCCUAGCAGAAACCUUACUUCAUCAUGGCAUUACACAUAAGCCUAAUAUGGGAAGAAACCAGCUAUUAAAGUUAUUCAAUAAAAAAGUAUAUGGCAAUCGGUUACAAAUCUUGAAUGAGUACUGGCAAUCUUUAGCACAAACUGAAACAGAGAGUGAUGCUUCUAAUCUUGAUACAAACGAUUACCUCAGCCUUGGUUCAUCCCCUCCAUCUUCUUCUGUAAAUCCAACGUAUCCUUUAUCUCACAUUUCGCUUGAAACAAAGUUGCCUGGUGUAUCACAUUAUAAUCAACCAUCACCAGCUUCCUACACAAGUGAUCAAGUUGGCUCUCAGGCUGUAGCAUCAGAUUCCUCUCAAGUUAUAGCAUCGGAUCCUUCUCAAGUUAUAGCAUCGGAUCCUUCUCAAGUUAUAGCAUCAGGUUCUUCUCAAUCAUCAUCAAGCAAUAGGCAAGGUGUCUUUUUUCCUAGACCUUCUCUGUAUCAUGAAGCAUCCUCUUACCGUAGUGCAGCCGGUCCUAGACCAUCUCUAUUUAGAAACAGUAUAUCAACAGUCGACGAUUACAUUCGUUUUCCUGAAUCUCGUGCAAAGCCACGUCAAUCGUUUGGCCUCCACCCCAUAGCUUCAAGUUGGCUUAAGACACCAUCAAGCAGCAGACUACGCUUUUUCGCUCCUCAUCCUUUUUUUGGUCGCGAAGUGUCUUCUUACCAUAGUACAGCCAGCUCUAACCCACCUCAACUUGGUAACAGCACACCGGCUGUCAGUGAUAGCGAUCGUUUACCUGGACCUCGUGCAGAGUCUCACCAGACACUUGGUCUUGACUCUACAACAUUAAGCGCACCCCAGCCACCAUCAAGCAGCAGACAAGACACUUUUGCUCGUAAAUCCCCAUUUCAUCAUGAAACGCUCUUUUAUCCUAAUACAGAAUCAGACAGCGAUAAUAGGGAAUUCUGUGGAUUUUAUGUUAACUUACCGUCCGUGAGUCAACAACAGGGGCCAAUAGAUUCGAUAGCUUCUUCUGAAAGGCAUCCUAGCUCAGCUCAGACGACAGUGCCUAACCUUGGCCAGAAGGUGCCCUCUGAACCUAUACACAACUACUACAGUAGAAUACUCUUCACAAAGUUUAUACCGUUAUUGUGGAAAACGCUUGUAUCCAUCUUUAUAAUUCUCAUCAUCUAUAGCUUAUUCUUUGGUUUGAUUUAUAUCAACAUUCAGAUCACACGUUCCAUCCCAACCAAAUUGCCACAGCUUGAAUUCUGGUGUGUACCCUUUAUCUUGUUCUUUCUCUCUGUCAUCGCUGUUAAGCUAUGGAAGAUAUGCUAUGGUUUUGUCAAAAGGCGUGCCAUUCAAAGGCUGAUAGAUACAGCUGCGCGGGAUAUUCUUGAUGGACUCGAGCAUAAACGACUUCUUUCUAUUAGAAAUCCGUUAUUUCAUCCAUAUUCAUUAUCACCUAUCGGAGAUUUCUAUUAUCGGUUCAUCCAGGAUUAUCCAGAGUAUAUUGAUCUUUGGAUAGAGAUCUUUGAUGUCAUUAAUAAUCACCCAGAUGUUAUGAUCGUUAGAAGAAAAAUUGACGGAGAAGAGAUUGCUCAUUGGGAUUAUAGACGGCCUGAACAAGGAUAUGUGCUGUAA